UCGUAAAUGUGAGAGUUGACACUGUAAACAACAAACAAACCUUCUGAGAUUUCGCCGGCGAGAGAAGAGUGAGAGAGAGAGAUCCAACGGCUGAGAUGUUCCUUCGUGCAAUCGGACGGCCGUUAUUGGCCAAAGUGAAGCAGACGACGGGGAUCGUGGGGCUCGACGUCGUACCGAACGCGAGGGCGGUGCUGAUCGAUCUCUACAGCAAAACCCUAAAGGAGAUCCAAGCCGUGCCGGAGGACGAAGGAUACCGUAAAGCGGUGGAAUCGUUCACGCGCCACCGUCUCAAUGUGUGCAAGGAAGAGGAAGACUGGGAGGCGAUCGAGAAGCGUCUUGGCUGCGGUCAAGUCGAGGAGCUCAUCGAGGAGGCGCAAGAUGAGCUCACACUCAUUGCGAAGAUGAUCGAAUGGGACCCUUGGGGUGUUCCAGAUGACUACGAGUGUGAAGUAAUUGAGAACGAUGCACCCAUUCCCAAGCACGUUCCUCAGCAUCGACCUGGUCCUCUUCCUGAGGAUUUCUACAGAACCCUUGAAGGUCUAAUUUCAGAGUCCAAAACAAAAAUCCCAGCUGCCGCUACCUCCACUGAUUCGCAGUUGAAGGAGUGAGUAACUUCCAGUUCUACAUUGUUUGUUUGUGUUCUUUGUUGCUUUGUUUGGCCACUGUUCAGAGACAGCGAGCCUAUGAAUAAACUGGUUAAUAAUCUUUGAAAACUAGAACAAUAUCACUCGUUUCAUAAAUGUUUUUAUCUUUCUUCUCAAAGAACGUAUGAUGUUUCAUCCCCUUUGCAAAGAGCAUUUACUUUUCUUUAA